GUGAGAUUUACUAUUUUGAAAAAUUAGAGGUCAUUCAAAUGUAGCCAGAGGGUAGAACGCAGUGGGCUUUUAAUACAGCCUAAGGGAACGAGGUGAAACGGGGCUGAACGGGGCAGCCUUUAUGACCUAGAACGCGAAUUCUUUCAUACAUCGAGGUUUUAAAAGGCCUAUAAGAGCACAGAAAUGUGCAUAUACAUAGGAGGCAACUUCUUUUGUUCGCACGAUUAGUCCUUUAAAGAAGUACAUUACAAACCUCAAUCAGUUUUUGUGAAGAGCUCAGAACUUGAACUUAUAUUAGCCCUGCGAGCUAGGACGUAUCCGAUUAAUUCAGUUUCAUACACCGUUUCCGUAUUGUGUACACUGCAGUCAAUUACAAUGCGCCUAUUUAAUUGCUAACAACAAGAAAUGUAUUUGUAAGUUUUCCAAAAUAACGACGUGACGAAGGUUGGAUACCAACAUGGGGCCUAAAAUAGGCGGGACGGAGGGGAUGCUCCGCCAUUCGAAGAACUACGAGGAAGAUUAUGAAAAGCCCGUAGGUCGAUUCUGUUUUUUUACAUGUCUUCUUCUUGGGAUUUGUUUCAUCUCUUUGAUGGCAUAUCUCGUGAUGAUCAGAAAACUUCGAACGCAUGUACAUUUGGACUAUCAACAUAUGCAGGUGACAUCCAGCAAGUGUAUCUUUUUGCUGGCUCAACGCCACGAGCAGCUGGGAAAAUACGCGUUUCGUACGACGGACUAUACAGUCGUACCAAAAGAGCCGUCUGUUUUCUGGACAAAUAUGGGAGACAUAUCAAUUCGUUCAAAAAUUCUUCUCACUGAUGCUGGGCAAGGAAAAGGCAACCGAGCUUUCAUAAUAUCGGGGAACGAUGCUUCGAUCAUAGUCGUCAUCGACCAGCAUUGGAACCGAAGUCCUUCGCCAUCGUUCGUUGACGAUAUUCACAAGGAGAUCGGUGGCGAGCAGUCAACUCGAAUUUUGACAACAACUGGAAAUACGACGUUUAUAACGAAAUUUUGGCUGCGGCAGGAGCUGUUUUUAGACGGUGAUGAAGUAAGAUUACGCGCCAUUGUCGAAAAAGCCGAUGGAGUACGCAUAAAUCACCCCAAUGAAUGGAAAUCCAACGCGAUCAUUAUAGGACCAAUAACGGACAAAAUCAAAUGGAGACUUUCACUAAUAGGUUUAAAAGAUGCCGAUCAUAAGCUUUUUGCAAAGUUUGCCUCGUGCAAGUACAAAGCGCAGACAAUGUUCUGAAGUGUAGAACGAUUUUCAAUGUCCCAAGUCGCAGAUUUACCUAUAUGAUAUUUCUUCCUUGUAUGUACACUGCCAUUUGGCUCAAUAUUUACUCUGGUGCCGUACUAGCGCCAAAAUGUCGCGGGACGAAAUAAACCAAAAGAUUAGUAUCGCUAGUACUACCGGCAAGUUAAACGUAUGAGCCUUUCCUUCUUCUACAUAACACGAAUACUACGGCCCACAGUCACUCAUUGCUGUUCAGUUCCGUAAGCUCAAUAUUUUGAGAGCUUAUUUUAAAAUGAGCACAACAUUUG